AUUCAAAAUCAAAGAGCUUUACACUAAACUAACCAGAGUGCAAAUUAAAGAUCAUUCAGAUGAUUGCAAAAUGAGUAAAGAGUGUGGCCAGGCAGUGAGGAAAGUGACAGAGUGCAAAUUAAAGAUGAUUCAGAUGAUUGCAAAAUGAGUAAAGAGUGUGGCCAGGCAGUGAGGAAAGUGAAUAGAAUUCUAGGAUGCAUCACUAGAGGGGUCACCAGCAGGAGGAAGGAGGUCCUGGUUCCUCUAUAUAGAUCUUUA